GUGCGUGUGCUCUUGCUGAGUUGACGUUAUGAGAGCGGACGGCGCCUGGCUCUGAUUUCUGAUGUGUUCUGAAGUUCACAAUGAGCCUCCGGUGAAGAGGCUGGCUUCAGCUAGAUGAAUCAUCUUCACCGACAGAGAGAGAAAGAGAGAGAGAGAUCAGCCAUACAUGAGUAAACCCAAUAGAACGGCUGAGAAUUAAUCAGGGAGGUUAAAUGUGCUUACAACAGAGGUAUUGAUGAUGCAGAGGAAAAUUGAUGUUGCUUUUUUAUCGCGCAGGAGUUCUUAUCGAGCUGGUGCUUCUCAUAAAAAUCCCUCGGAGAAAUUAGAUUUGAAACAAAUGAAACAAGUAUUGACACGAAGAGCUAUAAAAUGAAUGAGAAUCGAAUUAGAUUAAUAAUUUAGCCUGCAGGGGAGGUCGGAGAUUAUUUUUUUAUGCAUUUACUUGAUAUGUUCGCUGACAAUAACUUGCAUCUUUUUCGCUAACCAUCAAGCAUACAGUUCAGCCAGUUGCUGAAUACAUCUAAAUAUUAGCCCGUAUUAUAAAAAUUGUUAUUUUGAGUGCAAACGUUAGGUUUGUUAUAGAUUGCACCUUAUUUACAAAACAACUGAAUUACUAGUGUGUAAUUAUAGCUUGCAUAAAGGUGGCAGUAGUGAUCCCAGCCUCAGUGAUUCAUCAAAUAAUGAUCGCGUGACGGGAUAGGAGCAUUAUUUUAUUGCUGAAAACACAAUUACAAUAAGGUGAUAUAAAAAGGAACUGAAGGCUGUAAAAUAUAAAAAUAAGAUGUACAAAAAAUAAUGAAGAAAAACAAUAUAUUUAUUUCAUACAAAUGGCAGAAUCUUUAGAUAAAUAAAAUUGUACUUAAUAUAAAACCAAUUUUUAAUUUUUGUAAAACUAAACAAUUUACAAAGGCUUAACAAAGGCACUUACAUUUUUUUUUCUUUAAAAAUAUAAAUUAAUAAUAGCUAUAUGCUAAAAAUAAUGCAUGCAUCAAAUUUAAAUAAACACCAUAAUUUUUUAUUGAAAUUUCUUCUCAGUGUUUGACUAGGGAUGCACAUUUGGGGCCGAUAACUGAUAACAGUCUAGAUUUCUAGAGGACGAUGCUCCAAAUGUCAUCUAAAAUCCAGUAUAGUGGAAAACUAUUGAGAUAAAAAAUGAUGCAUGCUGCUUUCUAUAAUCUAAGCAUAUUGGUCAAAAGGUAAUUUUUCUCUAUUUCAUAUCAUUGCUGUCUAGGAAAUACAUUCAAGAUUUUAAAGGAAUAGUUCAAAAAAGACAAUUAUGUCAUCAUGAAUAACUUGUGUGACUUCUUUCUACUGUGGAAAAUAAAAGAAGAUAUCUGGAUGAAUGCUGGACAGGGUUGCCAGGUUUUCACAAAAAAACAUCCAAAUGCUACACAAAACUAGCCCAUUUGCAUUUCGAGGAUCGUUUCAACUCAGGUAUAUGAAAAACAACCCACAGCAACAGUGUUAAAGCAACCAAAUUCUGCAGGGAAACAGCAGAUUUGGCAACCCAACAUUUUGGUGACCAUUGACUGUACGGCCAAAAAACACUAAGAUGUUUAAAAUAGCUUCUAUGUUGCACAGAAUAAAAAAAUCAUACAGAUGGACACAAAGGUGAAUAAAUAAUGACAAAGUUGGGCAAACUUUUUAAGAUUUUAUUAACAUAAAGCGAAGUCAAAAAAGAAAAAAAAGAAAGCGAGGUGAGAGUGGCCUAAAAAGGAAACGAUUGGGCUCAGUGGGCGAGUGCCAGCUCAGCAGGUGAAUUCUGGGAAGGGCUUCCUGUCCUCCCUUAAUAACCUGCCAUGGCCUUCGAACGGUGUGCUGUGAUUUGGCAGCCUUGGCGCAUCCGUGCCCGGCGCGGCCCAACCUCACCUUUUCCCAUGCGGCUUGUGUGUUUCGCCGGCCGGUGUUUGAUCUGAAUGCUGGCCCUCGUAGCUGGGCGGCACGACUACACGCCAAGUGUGUGUAUUUUUAGCUCCAUAGCCCCACAUCCGUAUGUGUGUAAUCGACUGUGUUCGUACACGCGCGCUCGCCAGUGUGUGUUUUUGGAUUAGUGUCUUCAGCAUCUUGCUCGGGGGAAGGUGAUACGUUCGUCCGCGCAAGCCUCUUUGUCUGUUUUCGCCUUGUUUGGAUGGAUGGCUUUAAAACUGAGCAACUGAGAGUGAGGGAGAGAGAGAGAAAGAGGGAGGGAAGUGAGUGAAAGAGAGAGUGGGGGAAACGAAGGGAGGGUGAAAGGGAGAGAGAGAGAGAGAGAGAGAGAGAGAGUGCAAGCAAGUGAACAAGCAAUCUUGGCUUUUCUCUUCUGAGCAGCCCUUCACACUGAGACACAUGUCUCCGUUUUCUGAUCCCUCCAUCCACUCCUCCCUUCCUAUCACCCUGACGUCCUGCAUCGCCACCCCUGGAUCAUCUACAUCCUUCCCGUAAAGUCUUUCCUAGAAGAUAAGCCUGCAGACCUCAUCUCACCAUCCGUAAUCCAUGCAUGGAGACAUGUGGAUGCUCACACACGCGCGCAAGCGGCCGCAUUGACUCUCAAGCGCGUACAUUUAGUAGAAGGGACUUUACUAUGGGAAACUGCGUUAAAUCGCCGCUUAAGAAUUUCUCCAAAAAGGACCGGAAGCGCAGCUACAAAGCAGUGCAGUCAUGUGAUGAAGGGGUGACAUCUGGAGAGGCCCUCGCGGCCUUGGCUCAGAACUCAACAUACAUGCACAAUGUGCUCGGGCCUGCCUGCAUCUUUCUCCGCAAGGGCUUCGCUGAGAGCCGGCAGGCUAACAGAGAGCUGAGACCAGAGGAACUGGAUGAGCUACGAGAAGCCUUCAAAGAGUUUGAUAAAGAUAAAGAUGGAUUCAUUGGCUGCAAAGACCUGGGCAACUGCAUGAGAACCAUGGGAUACAUGCCCACUGAGAUGGAGCUCAUCGAACUGAGUCAGCAGAUCAACAUGAACUUGGGGGGACACGUAGACUUCGAGGAUUUUGUGGAGUUGAUGGGCCCCAAACUUCUGGCUGAGACUGCAGAUAUGAUUGGAGUAAAGGAACUGAGAGACGCUUUCAAAGAGUUCGACACCAACGGAGACGGUCAGAUCAGCACAGCAGAACUAAGAGAGGCCAUGAAGAAACUGCUGGGCCAGCAGGUGGGUCACAGAGAUCUGGAGGACAUUCUGCGGGACAUCGAUUUAAACGGAGACGGGCACGUGGACUUUGAAGAAUUUGUGAGAAUGAUGUCCCGCUAGAGGAAAGGCGGACAAACUAUGUCAUAAACUGGAUCUCCUGUGCUCCGGCACAGACAGAGGCGGAUGGAGGAGAGGAAAGAUCAGGAGGAAACGGGAGCAGCCUCGCAAGAGGAACUUCUGAAACAUGACCUCUGACCUCAAAGCACAUAAGAACUGCACUGUAACCCUCCAUAACAGCUUUCACGAAGCCCAGAAGCCAACAGCGAGAACGAGAGGACGACUCCAAUGCUAAUACUGUGAUCUACUGAAAUAUAUUUGUGUAACAGGGUUUUUUUACCCAAUAUAAAGCCUGCAAAGGGUCUGAUGCAAAAAAAAAAAAAAAACCCAGAUGAGCAACCAAUCAAAACAGCAACUGUAUUAAAAAAAUUCACUAUUUUAAUUUACCGGCAUCUCACACCUACUUUGUUACAGUAGGGAGCAUCAGAUAAAUUGCAAUAACAUUGCCGUUUCAUAUUUAAGCUAUUUAUUAAUAUUUGUAAAAUAUAGAAAGAUGAGUGUGUAUAGUUUCCCUUUAAAAGACUCUGGCUGUUUUACAGUAGCCUACGAUAGAUUAUUACUCUCAAAGAUUUUAUUUUAUAUAUCAAUGUACUGGGAAAUGCUGGAAACUUUGCUAUCAAUCAUUUGCUAUUAUUGUACAAUACAUCGGACCUAUGCACUACUGUAUGCGUGGACAUAUUUUUAAAAACAUAGAGAAAGAUUUGCCAUAAAAACAACAACAUUCAAUUGCCCUCGUUUGCACACCGUCUUGCAUGAACGCUAGUGCUGAUACAAUCGAGUCAACACAGCCGAGUAGCCUACACUUGUGUAGUUCUGUCAUGUAUUUUAAUGUUGUAAGUUUAGUUAACAGUCCAACAAGCAUCUUUGACCUUAAUACACUAUUUGAGACGUACUCUGUGUGAGCGAAUGCGAGAGAGAGAGAGAGAGUUUGGGUUGAAUUUCUUGUAUCUUAUGUGCGUGAAUUCAAGUUUGUCUAACCUGAGUUAUUCUAUGCAUGCCAAAACAACUUUUUGUAGAGUGUAGAUUUCAUUAAAAAGUUGUGCAAUCAA